GAAGCAAAUGGUGUUGUAGUCUUCGGGGAUGUGAAAUUGAAAUCAGAGGCUCUCGGGAUCAGGUUGUUAGUAGGCCGAAUGGGUAGUAAUGAUCGUGACAGACGGAGUCGUUGGUAUAUCAAAGUCGAAGUCGAGAUCAUCCGUGUCGUGAUUGGUGUAUUCGUUAAGUCGAAUUCGACGUCGCUACCGAAAUCGAACUCGCCGUUGGCGCUGUUGGUCAUUUGA